UGUGGGCUGUAGUGGAGAUUUGAGCAGGCUCAGGCACUGGGACGUACGUUACUAUUUUUAUUUUUUGGGAGGAGAACAGCGUCCACCUUUGGCAAAAGUCUCGCAGACGCAUCCGCUGGAAGGAUUACAACAGGAUAACCUGUCGCCAUGACAACAGAAGCGGGCUCUGAGACGGAGGUGAAGGAGAAAGCGGAGGAGUCAGCUGCUCAGCCAGACCAAUCGGAGGCCGCCACGCAAAAUACCCAGGAAGUAUCCAACGCUGAGGGAGAAGAGAAGGAAAAAGGGAAGGAGAAGGAAAAAGAGGGCAAAGGAAUAUCUCGAUACCUGCCAACAUGGCUUAAGAAGCAGAAGUCUCUAAGCCAGACCUCCCCAACAAAGGAGGUCCCAUCCACAGAAGAACCUGUUAGUAAGGGGACGGAGGAAGAGGAGGGGCCUGCCCCACAAGUGAACGGUCACGCAGAGGAAGUGGAAGAGAAGGAGGAAGUAAAGUUGGAGCAAGUGAAGGAAAAAGAAAAAGAAGAAUCCGAUUCCCAUGCCAGUGCAGACACUGAGCCCGCCAAGGAAGAGAAGGUAGAAGAGAGCGCAGAGAAAAGCCCAGAAGACACCAAGGAGACAGCAAAGGAAGAAGGGACAGAAAAGGAGGAGAAGAAAGAGCAAGGGCAGGUGGAGGCUGAAGGGGAGGACGAAGGCCAGACCUCCAUUUUCCAGUCUCCUCUUCGGCUGGUGAGGAAAGCCAAGAUGAAGGUGGUGGUGUGCCAUGUCACCCUUCUGGAUGGGACCGACUUCACCUGUGAGGUGGAGAAACGUGCCAAAGGUCAGUACUUGUUCUUCAAGGUGUGUGAGCAUCUCAAUCUGCUGGAGAAGGACUACUUUGGUUUGACAUACAAGAACAGCCAUGAAGAAAAGUGCUGGCUGGAUCCCACAAAGGAUAUUAAGAGGCAGAUUCGCAGUAACAACUGGCAGUUUUCAUUCAAUGUGAAGUUCUACCCUCCUGACCCCUCACUGCUCACUGAGGACAUUACAAGGUACCUUUUGUGUCUGCAGCUCCGUGACGAUGUGGCUUCUGGACGUCUGCCUUGCUCAUUUGUCACUCACGCUCUGCUGGGGUCGUACACGUUGCAGGCCGAAUUUGGUGACUAUGAACCUGACCAACCUCGGCCUGUGGACUUCAUCAAUCAGCUGACUUUUGCGCCCAAUCAGAACAAAGAGAUGGAGGAGAAGAUUCUUGAACUCCACAAGUCCCACAGGGGAAUGACACCAGCACAAGCCGAUGUUCAGUUUCUAGAAAAUGCUAAGAAGUUGUCGAUGUAUGGGGUGGACCUCCACCACGCUAAGGAUUCAGAAGGUGUGGACAUCAUGCUGGGAGUCUGCGCUAACGGACUCCUGGUCUACAAAGACCGACUUCGGAUAAAUCGAUUCGCGUGGCCCAAAAUACUGAAGAUUUCAUACAAGAGGAACAACUUCUAUAUUAAGAUCAGACCAGGCGAGACGGAGCAGUUUGAGAGCACGGUGGGAUUCAAGCUCCAGAAUCAUCGCUCUGCUAAAAAGCUGUGGAAAGUCUGUGUGGAGAAUCACAGUUUCUUCAGGUUAAACGCACCAGAGGCUCCUACCAAGGCCCGCUUCUUGACUCUGGGCUCCAAGUUCCGCUACAGCGGGCGAACUCAGGCCCAGACCCGCGUGGCCAGCUCCCUCAUAGACCGGCCCGCGCCCAACUUCGAUCGCACAUCUUCCAAACGCAUCAGCCGCAGUCUGGAUGGAGCACCGGUUAUCAGCAUCACCGAGGCCGGCAGAGACUUGGCCGAGAACGGACGCGAGCCUCACCUGGAGCUCCACUCUGACUCGAAGGUUAAGGAGAUGGACUUGAGCCCUGGUGAUGUGGAAGCCGAGCCCUCCCAGAAACAGUCACCUGGAUGCAGUGAGCCUGCCCCCCCUCAGAGCUCGUUGAGAGUGCAUGGGGAUAAUAUUUAUGUGAGGCACAGUAAUUUAAUGUUGGAGGACCAUGAUAAGACCCAAGAUGAAGUUCUGAAACACCAAGCUAGCAUUAGCCAGCUCAAACGCUCCUUUAUGGAGGCGCCGCCUCCCUCUCCUCCUCAGCCCAACCUGUGGGAGAAACGCCUCACCUCCUCUCCCGCCCCAACGAUACGCAUCCAGCAUCCGCAGCAGCAGCAGCAAGUGAGUCUGGAAGAGGAGAUCGCUUCUGUUCUCUUCAGCAGACACACCGGCGCUGGGUUUUAUUCAGAGGGUGUCUGCACCGCUCCCGACCCGACACUAGAUGCCGUCAUAACCACGUGCUCGGCUGCUGCGUCUACUACCCACACCGCUGUCAGCAGUCCUCCGCUGUUGCAUCUCGUUUCCUCAACUCCCUCUUUCUCUGAGGACAGCGUGCCUCAAACGGAAGCAGCUUCAGCUGAUAACACCGUCUCUGAUACCAAAGAACCUGCCAAGACAACUGAGGUUGAAAUCGAGGAAACUGUUGUCAUCCAAGAGGUUUCCAGAGCAACCAAACCUGGCGUUGUCACGGUCACGAUCAGUCCCCCCGCUGGCCCGCCUGCGGAGCAGGAAACGAGGGAACAGAAAGUGAGAGUUGAAGAGGAAGUAGUGGUAGUGGAGGAAGCAAAGCAGAGGAAGCAGGAGAGCGUUUCAUCUGAGAGCGAGAGCGAGGACGAGGCCGAGUACCAUCCAAACGUUUCCGUCUCCAUCUCUCACACGCAAAUACCGGAGGAGAGGGAAGAGGAGGAAGCGGUAGAGAAGACGGAGGAGGAUAAGAGGGCGGAGACGCACGUGUCGGCUCCAGACGCGCCUUCCCUUCCGGCUGAGGUCAGCCAGCCGGCGGAAGAAACCAGAGAACAAGAGGAGUCCAGGGAGGACGCGGAGGCCGAGCAGGCGACCAAAGCGGAAGAGGACAAGGACGGUGGACUUGAGACGGAGGAAAGCACCGACGAUCCAAUGGUGACACCCAACGAGUCUCCCGAUAGUCUCAUCGUGCCUGGGGGGACUUCUGUGGUUGUCACCCCGGCGGAAGAGGAGGAACCUAAAAUGAACGGAGAAGCGCCGGUGAUCGAAGUGGAAGCACGGCCACAGGUUAUUUGUUGCUCCGAGCCACCCGUGGUAAAGACAGAAAUGGUGACUAUAUCAGACACGUUUGCAGCCCAGAAAACUGAGAUAGCUACAAAAGAAGUUCCCAUCGUACAUACGGAAACCAAGACCAUCACAUACGAGGCUGCACAGUUGGAUGGUAGUGCGGACGGUGAACCUGGAGUGUUGAUGACUGCUCAAACCAUCACCUCCGAGUCUUUGUGUACGACUACAACCACACACAUUACCAAGACGUUAAAGGGCGGGCUGUCGGAGACGAGGAUCGAAAAACGCAUCGUCAUCACGGGCGACUGCGACAUCGACCACGACCAGGCACUGGCACAGGCCAUUAAGGAGGCCAAAGAGCAACAUCCUGACAUGUCUGUUACCCGAGUGGUGGUUCAUAAAGAAACUGAGCUGGCUGAGGAGGAGGAUUGACUGAACUCAGAGUUGAAGGGCCCAUCGUGACUGUUUUUUCUUUUUUUUUUUUAACAACAAACAAUCUUCGUCACGCUACAACGACCGAAUUCGACUGACAGAAGGGGAGAGAAAGAAGAGGAGCUGAAGAACUCAAGGAGGAGGAGGGUUAGACAGUUGGACUGAAGUUGUCGCUCUCAUCCCAGAUGGUCUUUCUCACAUCUCUGCGGUGCAUUUCAGUCCCUUACUGCAAGAAAAAGGAAACAUUAUUUCUCUUUCUGGGAAAAAAAAAAGAACCACUUUGAUAGCUUAACAUUUGUAGCUUUUUUUAAAUUAUCAUCAUCAAUUUUUUUUAAUAGAGAUUUUUCAUUUCAGUUUUACUGAAAGAGAGAAAGUAGCAUUUCACGUUUUAGAAAAACAAAACUAUGGAUGCACCAAUAGCCAAUCAGUUACGAAUGAUUAUUCCAUCUUCAUUCUUAGUUUAAAAAAAAAAAAGUGCUUUUUUUGUGCAUUGAAAACCUUUUAGCAACAAUAUUGUUGUCUAAAUUAGAAUUCAGUACUUAGAUCAGAGAUGGAAAAAUGGUUCUUGGUGCAGUCCUUUUUUAAAGAAAACAAAUCUUAAAUUGCAGCUCCCUUCUGUGGAUGAAAGUGUAAUAUAACUCAACUAUCUCUUAAAUUUUAACUUCAGGAAAGCUGACAAUGCAGUUCUGUUUUGUUUUGUUUUAUUGUAUUCUUUCCAACACUUUUACAUUUUAAGACAAUCACGUUGUGGUAAAUAGUUGAAACAAAAUGUGUCACAUCAUAACUUUGAAACGAUUAAACAGAACAGGGAGCUGUAACUUAAGUAUCGCAGUAGAAAAAUCAUCCAGGUUUUUAAUAUUUUUUUUUUUGUACGUUUCUAUCUCCUUUUUUUUUCUUUUUUUUCUUGUAAGUAUAGUUGUUAUUCAUCAACAUUCCUGGCGUGACCAGCGGUUGAGUAGGUUCAUCUUCAGUUCAGCUCACUUUUUUUACUCAUCUCACAUUUACGGUAGGACGAAGUGGAGGCGAUGACGAUUGGCACCGUAGUUCUGACUUUAAUCAAGAUUGAGAAUUUUUUUAAAUUUUUAUUUUACUGCACUGAAAUGAAUUUGAACAUGAACAGACUCUAGAGCUGGUGUGUACAACUCUGUACAGACAAAAAAUUAAGGUUAUUAAAUGGCAGCAGCAUUUCAUUGGCUCGACAUCCUGCGUUGGUCCCUCCCGUUGUACGACACUAGACAUUCCUGUUGGUCCUCGGGGCGUGAGGGAGACGUAAACUGACCUUCUUAUUGGGAGAGCGGACCAGUUAACUGGAAUACAAUUGGGAGAGUGCCAGCUAGCAGCUUUGGGAGUGAAAAAGACUUUGAAUAUUGAUGCAGGUUGGCCUUAGGCGGUAGGUUUUGUUGCAUCUUGUGGAGCGACGUUUUAAUGCUUCAUACAAAUUUGAUACUGCAACUUCAUUUAAAUUAUUUAAAAUGAGUUUUGUGCUACGACUUAGCAGAGGUACCAAAAUGACAUCAACUUGAAACCAGUUCUUUUCCAGACUUCACGCAAUUUGUACAUGUCCACCAAGUGUUUGUUGUCAUAGUUGAGCACUGUUUAUGUCCAGCUCCUUUUUCAUACCUGACUAGAUAUAAUACCAACGCAGUCUGACAUAAUGAUAUAUGGGAUUGAAAUUCAGCAUGUUGCAAACGGUUUUAUCUUGCGAGAGCAUCCUGAGCGGGUUUAGAUAGUAAGCUACUGGCUUCAAAGUGUGUAGAUAACAAAUAAUUUGAGCCUGUACAGUACGUCUUAAUGUGAUCUGACUCUACACUGGCUGUGUUGUAACUGUUCUACCGUGACCAAAUAUUCUGCUGCGCUUAUUCAUGUGUGCUUUUUAACGGUUCCCGUGACAUCACGUUGAGUCGUAUUCCUCGUCAUUUGACUACAGAGAUGAACAACACUACAAACAGGCAAAAACAGACAAUAGUUACAACACAACGGUAAAAAGCAGCUUAAAGGGAAGCAUGGCAGAGGGUUUGAAGCGCCCUUGAACCCCCCCCACAUGGAUGCUCAUGGUGGUUUAUUUAUUUUGUAUCCCUUUACUCAAAUGUUCAGCAAAAUUUCACGACGAAUGUGACUUAGUGUAAUUAGCGGAGGCAGUAAACGAGGUUUGGUCUAAUGCAUUUCAGUGUGAGAAGGGAAAGCUAAAGGCAUAUUCAUCCACACCCUCAUAUGCAUGGUUAUUUGAAAUGAUAUUCAAAAAGAUGAUGAAUUUUAUUUCAGGAAAAUGUACUUUUCUAAGAGUUUAAUGAUAAUGAAUUUGACCUCAUUGUUUUUGUUACCUGGGAUUUGUUUGUAUGCAUCUCUAAAAACGAUGUGGCGUGGAUUGAGAUUCAAAGACGGCGACAUAAUCUGACCUCUACCACACAGAUGACAUUCCACGAGGUGGAAGCUCUAACUUCUCAUCCUCUUGAAAAGAAGCAAAAUGAAGAAACAUUUAAAUCAACACUAUAGGCAGCUUUGAACACUUUCACUUUAAAAAAGACAAAAAAAAAAAUCCAUUAAAGGUAGGGUAAGAGAUUCUAAACCAGCUACAAUCCAAUAGAUGCCCAUUUUGUGAGUAUGCUGUUUAAAGAAAAUUAAGAAAGAAGAAACUAAAAGGUCAUCAUACACAGCCCUGGGGCACAACAAACACGGCUCCGGCCAAUUGCUGACAGGGGGAGGGUUUCUGCUUACGGUAUGAAGUUGGAUUGGGCGGGGGGGGGUUUGGAGAGUUAAUAUUGGGGCAUGUUUUCUCGGGAGCGCUGGAAGGAGGAGGAGGCAAGAUCUCCAUGCUUGGUUGAUGUUUAUCAAUAGAUGUGACAUCAUCCAGAAAUCCCUUACCCUGCCUUUUAAAAGAGUCUGUUAUCUCACAGGGACAAUGUCUCUAGAUAUUCACAGUUUCUGGCAUUUCCUCUGAAAAUGACGUGGUUGUUAAAAGGUGGUGAAUUCCUGUAACUUCCUCUUUCAUCUUUGUACUAUUGCCAGUGUGUUUUUUUUUUUUUUUGCUAAUAAAACACCACUACACAUCAACACUGCUGCAACCUUUUCUGCUUUAGCUGCAGGUUUCUCCAUUUUUGUUUGGGGAUUCCCUGCGCUCUCAUCCAAUCACAGGAGCUCUGCAGCGGCUUGGGUUGAGUUUUCCGACAAUGUUGCACUUUCUCGUUUUAAUCACCUGAGAUUAAUCCAAUAGCAGUCAAAAAAAACAAAACAAUACUGAUUGUAAUUUUUAUUUAAGAAAAAAAAAAGAAGGCAGCACAUACAGAGUUGAGCUGUGGGGGUUUCGGGGUUACCGUGGCAACCAAUGAUUCAAUGCCAGCUGAUUUUAAAUAUGUCAGGGAUCUCGAACGUUACAGCAUUAAAUUCACUCAGUGAAAUGGCUUAAAAUACAGCACUGAUGAGGCCAUGUUAUAAAAUGCCAAUUGUUAUUUGAGUAAAACCUUUUUCUUUUCCUGUACGCAGAGAUCUCCGAUCUAACGCCUUAUUUCAUACUUUACAGAGAAAACCAGCACAAUUUUGUAUUUUGUACGGUACAAGUAAAACACUUUAUAAAGAAGCUCAUUUUGGGAAAACCGCCCAGCCGCCGCUUCUCUCCCUCUCUGAUCUCUGGCAGUUUUUUUUUUUUCUUUUGUUUUCUUUGUUUAGCAGCUUACCUGUCUUGUCUUUCACACACACAGCCACUCCCCCCCUCCCCUGUGUAACACUGUUUAAAUAAAGGAUUCUUAUACUCUCA